UUCGCAUUCAGAUAUAAACAGCCUUUCCUGUUCGGAUCAACUUUUUCUUUUUCCUUUGAAAAUUUUUGUUUUAUUUAUUUAAAUAAAAAAAACUAAAUUUUCGUCUGACCAAUAAUGAAUUCGUCAAAAGCUUUAGUGGGCAGCAGGAUGGUAACUUUCGGACUUACCAACCUACUUAAAUAUCGCGGAAUGAAGCAAUUUCGAAUGGAUGACAUGUACUACAAGCCGGGUAGUUCGACUCAAGAGCCAAGCUCCAGAAGGACUUGGGCUGAUGAGGAGCACACACAGCAGCCGGAGGGGCGCUUAGAUGAUACCAAAUACAGCCCAGGUCGCUGGACAGAGCGUAAAUAUCAAGCGACCUGGCGGGAGCCCAAGGAGGUUGAAAUGGAAGAGCCUCAGGAGGAGGUAAAGGAGCCAGUUUGCCAGGAGAAACGUUCAGCAGCUCCACCUGCUUUACGACGAUCUUUGGACACAAGGAGGCGUCUCCAGAGGAUCAGCAUUCCUGCCAGCCGAAUGAUCUCUCAGUUCAUCUCUACCCAAAACAAAAACAAGAAGCUCCGUGUUGAAGCUGCGGCAGACCGGACGUCCUACGAUUAUCCACUAGCCUGAUGACGAGAAUGGCUCUUACUGUGCUUUGCUAUACCCCUGGAUUUAUUUCUUUCUUUGUGUUGUACUCAAAGCGAAACUAAAUUAAAUUUAGUUAUACAAUUUAAAA